AUGGAUCAACAUUGUCACCCGCCUCUGGGCCACUAUUCUGCGCCAGAGGCUGGCCCUCAUCGACUAUUACCGUCCAGGAGUAGCUUGUCUCUUCAGGCUACGAUACGGCACAUAACAGACCAAGGACCUGUACGUACCAGCAGAACAUGGACGAGUAGUGGCGAUCAUAAUAUCCUAAGCGAUACCGACGAAUUGGGCGAUCGAGCCACCUUUGUUCAAGAAUACAACCGCCUAGCAAGAAAGAAUGGGGUGCGAAUACUGGUGAUUGACGACUUUGACUCUAGGCAUACUGGAAACGGACUUGGUAGUCCUCGCAAGCAAGGAUGGCUUUAUCGGAUCCUACGGUCCUCUUCCAAUCAUCCUGCAGCAGAUACACAACCACGACAAGGACCUCGCCAUAAACGCAGUGUCUCCGAUCUCGCCCACAACUUGAUACAUCGUCGAGACCCCAAGAUACUCGAUCUGCAGUCGAUGGUCAGAAUAUGCGGCAAGAGCAUGCUCUACCUCCCACCUGAAUACACACCCUCUGCCUUGAUACUCCCAACCUGCAUUCGAGCUACUGCGCAUCACAUCGCUCAACAUGUAACUACUCGGGGGAUCUUCCGUAUACCGGGGUCAAUCAGAGUAGUCAACACGCUGUUCGAUUACUACUGCUGUACCGACAAUAUCGACAUCACAAACACCGUGCGAUGCGCAAACCUGCCGAUGCAUGUGCAGGCUUCUGUCCAUGAUGUGGCGUCGACUUUCAAGCGCCUCCUUUCGGUAAUACCCGGCGGGAUACUCGGUUCUUUGGCACUCUUUGAUGCGAUGGUCGCAAUCCAUUCGCAGCUACAGGGUGACCCAGAGUUCCCUCGCACCAAACAGACCAAGGUUCGGGCCAGACUCAUCGCCUUGGCUAUCGCAACUGUUCAAUCUCAAUUUCGGAGGGAGCUCAUAUGCGCCGUCUUUGGACUUUUGAGUCUAAUUGGAAGAGUGGCAGAAAUCACCCCCAGAGAAGAUGAAGAAGGCCGAUCACUACCCACGGGAGACCUCAUGGGCUACAAUGCACUAGGCAUCGUCUUUGGACCUCUUCUCAUAGGCGAUUUGCUUGGACUAUAUUCUAUGAAGCUAGCCGCCCCAAAGGCAGGGAUGCUGGUGCUUCCAUUGAGAUCUCCUAGAUCACGACAAGAUCGGAAUGGAAGAAAGACACUCGGCAACGAACUUGGGGCACCUCCAACAAUGGACAAAAUUAUCAUCGCCAAUACCAUCGCAGAAAUGCUUAUAGUCAAUUGGAGAGAUGUGGUGCGACAAAUGAAAUCGCUUGGCAUGAAUCGACCGCACCCACGAUCAAGUCAAGACGAUCCCAACGAGAAUAGUUUUGUUAUCAGGAAACCACAAGGUUGGGAUCGGGAAUGGCGAGGAAGCGAGGGAGAUCAGAUUCCACGAGAAGACAGCCCAGAACCGCCUACACCUACCCUGGGCAUAUCUAAGCAGCGGUCGCGCAGUCGUGGGAGUUCAGCCUCAAAGAGACUUGCAGCUAGGCCCAACAUUGGCUGCUUAAGUCCAACUGUGGAAGAAAGUGUUCACGACGAGGAUAAGAGCCAAAUACUAGAACAACCAGGGGAAGGGAGUAGCUAUGUUCAAACGCCGCAGAAUUCGCAGAUGCCGACAGGUACAGUUCACUUGGAGGACAGCAAGGAUGCAACGGCGAAGGAUACCCCAGGCGAGAGUGCGCACAUCGCCCCAACACCCACCCCGGCUACAAGGACCAGAGGACUGAUCAACCGAGAUGGUUCCCAUCUGUCUCAGGAUGAUGUGCCACCUCGGACGUCCUCAAAAAGAGGAACCAAGCCAACCCCUAUUCAACAAACCAGUCCCGAGGAACCAACAAGCCAGGACACUUCGAGAGUCUCAGCAACGGAGACCCCUUCAAUUGAACGAAAGGGUGCUAUAAGAAAGAAAUAUCCUGGAAAGGCAAAAGCCCUAAAGCCACGUCGACAGUCGCUUGCAGUUGAAUGGACAAAACCUGCCAGGUCAUCAGAUACCUCCAUGGAUAGGCCAGGUUCAACCAGUCUGGAAUUUUCAUCCGAGAAGGAGGCUCUUGAAGCUGCACUAAAAGCGCAUUUCGAGGAACUCAGAGAGUUGGAUUCGAUGGACCAACGCAAGAGUUCAGCCUCUACAAACGUUGAUCAGAACUCGGAGAUGUUGACUUUUGCCAACACUCCCAAGGUUUUGCACUUCCCAAUCGAAAGGCUAGAAGAGGAGAGCGACUACACUAUUCGCGGAGACAAAACACGAACACAGACUUUACAGGAAGCCAACUCUGCCUCGACAACACCAAGACAAUUUUAUUCUCCAAUGCAGGUGCCAGCGAGUAUUGCAGGAGGCAGCAGUUCCAUGGGGCUGGCCUCCCCAAAAAGCCAGAGUCUUGAAUACGAUGAGACACAAAAGCAAGCCAAGGGCAUUGGCACUGAAACCCCGGAACGACGACACUCUCGAGUUAUGUCUUUGCCUGCCGAAACACCAAAGACUGAGAAACAGCGUACUGCAUCCUCUCCCUGGUUCUCUGUUCCAAAAAGAAAAUCGACGGCGUUAACACGUCCAAAUUUGACGCCAACAGACAAUCCAGGAGGCGUCAGAGCCAUGGCUGCCAAGUUUGAAACCGAUCAUCCAACCGAGACAUCUCCAACAAAACCCAGGAGUGCGAGCAAAACUCAAGAUCUCAUAUUACAAUUUUCACAAGAGUCACCCACAAAGAGUAUCCGGUCCACAAGAUCCAUUUCAACCUUGGGACACAAACGGAAUGUUUCAAUUUCAAGCCAGGACCGGCGUUCUCGACCGUCAGCAACAAACACUGUUAGAGAUGAGGCUCUUGACCAAAACUUGCGAGCCUCGAUCAGGGAGGAGGCAGCAAUGAGGGCAGUUGAGCUUCAACAAGCUGACAAGGGACAAAAGCCAAGCUCCCAGGAACAACCGGAAAUGUUAGCUCAGCGACAGACGAUCCCUAGGAGGAAGCCAGUCCCAGGCAGGGGUAAAGAGGCAUCAUUAGAGAAUCCACGAAGUCUGGGAACCAUGAUGCCUUAUCCUGAACAGCCUCCUAUCGCUCAACACCUUAACCUUAUCAGACCAGCAUCAUCAGCAUCGAAUACGCAGUACGGGGCGGAUCCGUCAGUUCCUCAAAAUAUUUCAACCCCUUUUCAACGUCCCGGCAGUACAACUACACUUCAUGCACAGAUUCGAAGUCUCCAACGACAACUAGACCUCAAGACAGAAGAAGCAGUUCAUUUGAGAAGGCAGCUUGAGGUGCAAGGAGAUGCAGAUGUUGGAACAUUGAGUCAGCAACUACGAGAAGCCAAAAGGGAGGCACAAACGUGGAGGGAAAGGGCAGAGAGCGCAGAACGAAGAAUCAAAGUGUUUGAACGAUUCACAGCACGACUCAAAGCGAUACGAGAGGCUGUAGGAGUCAACACGAGAAAUGCCGACACAGACACAGCCAAGUAUUUGGAUGGGGGUGCGAAUGGACAGAAAGAAAACACCUUCUUGGAGAGUACCAUGGGUUACGAGAGUGACAGUUCAGGGAGAACAGAAGAUGCCGGUGUCGUCAAAGCCCGGAUACGCCGUUGUCUCCAUGGCUUGACCGAUGGUCCCCCAGACAAACCAUCCUUUGGACUCGACGAAAUCCAGAAUCCAGAAAGACCAAAGCGGGAUAUCAGCCCGAGUACAGUCGAGGUCUGGAUGGCGGCACAAGAGUUGCUACAGCUUGAUGAGGCCCAGGGGCAAAGAGAGACGAAUAACUGA